GCGGGCGCGAGCUGCGUUUCCGCCUCUGAACCGUGGCACUGAGGCCAUGGGUAGCCAAGAGGUGCUGGGCCAGGCAGCCCGCUUGGCCUCCUCGGGUCUCCUGCUGCAGGUAUUGUUUCGAUUAAUCACCUUUGUCUUGAAUGCAUUUAUUCUUCGCUUCCUGUCAAAGGAGAUCGUGGGCAUAGUGAAUGUCAGACUAACCCUGCUUUACUCAACAACCGUCUUCCUGGCCAGGGAAGCCUUCCGGAGAGCCUGUCUGAGUGGGGGUGCCCAGCGGGACUGGAGUCAGACCCUCAACCUCCUGUGGCUAACUGUCCCCCUGGGUGUAUUUUGGUCCUUACUCUUGGGCUGGGUCUGGUUGCAGUUGCUUGAAGUGCCUGAUCCAAAUGUGGUCCCCUACUAUGGAGCUGGAGUGGUGUUCUUUGGUCUCUCAGCAGUGGUGGAACUUGUGGGAGAGCCUUUCUGGGUCUUGGCACAAGCACAUAUGUUUGUCAAGCUCAAGGUACUUGCUGAGAGCAUGUCAGUUAUCCUCCGGAGUGUUCUGACAGCUUUUCUGGUGCUGUGGCUGCCUCACUGGGGUCUAUACAUUUUUUCUCUGGCUCAGCUUUUCUAUACCGCUGUUCUGGUGCUCUGCUAUGUGAUUUAUUUAAUAAAAUUACUGCGUUCCCCAGAAUCAACCAAGCAACGGACUCUUCCUGUCUCCAAAAUAACACAACUAUUACCCAGUAUUACAAGAAGCAGAGCAUUUGUCAAUUGGAAAGAGGCUAAAUUGACUUGGAGUUUUUUCAAACAGUCUUUCUUGAAGCAGAUUUUGACAGAAGGCGAGCGAUACGUGAUGACAUUUUUGAAUGUAUUAAACUUUGGCGAUCAGGGUGUGUAUGAUAUAGUGAAUAAUCUGGGGUCUCUUGUGGCUAGGCUAAUUUUCCAGCCAAUAGAGGAGAGUUUUUAUAUCUUCUUUGCUAAGGUGCUAGAGAGGGAAAAGGAUGCCACACACCAGAAACAGGAGGAUGUUGCUGUGGCUGCUGCAGUUUUGGAGUCCCUCCUCAAGCUGGCCUUGCUGACUGGCCUGACCAUUACUGUUUUUGGCUUUGCCUAUUCUCAACUGGCUCUGGACAUCUAUGGAGGAGCCAUGCUUAGUUCAGGAUCAGGGCCUGUGUUGAUGCGGUCCUAUUGUCUCUAUGUCCUCCUGCUUGCAAUCAAUGGUGUGACCGAGUGUUUCACAUUUGCUGCCAUGAGCAAGGAGGAGGUUGACAGGUACAACUUCACCAUGCUGGCACUGUCUUCCUCGUUUUUGGUCUUAUCCUACCUCCUGACCAGCUGGUGUGGCAGUGUGGGCUUCAUCUUGGCCAACUGCUUUAACAUGGGCAUUCGGAUCACACAGAGCCUGUACUUCAUCCAUCACUACUUCCAGAGGAGCCCCCACAGACCGCUGGCUGGCCUGCACCUGUCCCCAGCUCUCCUCGGGGUGUUCGCCCUCAGUGGUGGGAUUACUAGUGUUUCAGAGGCAUUCCUCUGCUGUGAGCAGGGCUGGCCUGCUAGGCUGGCACACAUUGCUGUGGGGACCAUCUGCUUAGGAGUGACCCUUGGGACAGCGUUCUUCACAGAGACCAAACUGAUCCACUUUCUCAGGACUCAGUUGGGUAGAUCCAGACUCCAUGACAAAAUGACAUGACUUUGAUGAUGCUUUGACACUUGGUGCGUGGACCCACCAUGGAAUGGUUCUUGGACAACAUGUGUUGCUCUGUAAAAGUCCUGCUGUGGAGUGAGAGUCACCCUGGAAGUGAGAUGGCAGAGGAGAUGCCACCCAGUCGAAGUCUUCCAACCAAAGGAGGAAUGUCCCUUUACAUGAAGAACAACAGCCCAUUUUGUUAAUGAAUUAAUUCCUUCUGCGUGGGAUUGACCUUUGAAGUUACAUCUUCUAACACACUCUGUCUUAGAUGUUAAUAGUUAAUCAUCAUUUGGCCAAGAAAAAGCAAUGUAGCCAUUGACCCCCCGCACAAGGUUCUAUAAAAGAAGUAAGGAGCCCCUGAACUUACACACCAAACAAGAACAAAGUGUGGCCUAAGAAUUGUGGCUUUCCCUGUGUUGGUGGUGUGGUUUUAGUUUUUAGAGAAGAAAAACCCUACUCAGUGAGAAAUAUUUUUGAAAUAUUUGAAAUAAUGUUUACAGUCCUAGGGAUUGAACCCAGGGCCUCAUUCAUGCUAAGCAAGCUCUCUCCUACUGAACUAUAUCCAUAUUCCCAGCCCUCACAAUGAUGAAACCAAGAGAUACGGAUCACAUUGCCCAGAAGGAGUUAGGGAGGAUCUUUGCCAUGGUACCUCCCAGAGCAGCUCAUGUUCCAGAAUAGGACUCAGGAUUUACUAAUUGUAGAGUGUAUGGAAACUGUCGACGGCUUUAGAUCUAGCCACUUGAAAGAGGACACCUUUGGUGUCCAGUGAUAGCUACUUUGUCCUUUAAGGGGUGCCGACAUCCAGCUUUAUUUAAUUUUUCCAUGGAAGUCACACAGUGAUAACCACAAUUACAUAGAUAUCUUUUUUUUAUUCUUAAAAUAAAACAGGACAAAUUGAUAUGGCAAGAAUCAGAGUCAAACCUUCUCUCUCUCUUUUUUUUGUUAUUGCUGUUGUUGUUUGUUUGUUUUGUUUUUCGAGACAGGGUUUCUUUGUGUAGCUUUUGGAGCCUGUCCUGGAACUUACUUUGUAGCCCAGGCUGGCCUCGAACUCACAGAGAUCCACCUGGCUCUGCCUCCCGAGUGCUGGAAUUAAAGGCUUGCGCCACCACCGCCCGGCCAGAGUCAAACCCUCUUAACUGGCCCAUUUUUUUCCAGUACUGGUCAGUACAACUGUAUUACAGCCCAGAGCAAGAGUGGUAGGCCUGGAGGUGUGGGUCUCCAGGCUACCCCCUAAGCCAGGCUUCCGGCUUCCUUCAUCCUGCAUGCUGUUCUUGCAGGUGAGAUCAUCAGGCCUUUCUCUGGGUUAUAAAAUAGUUUUCUAUUUCCCUUUUAAUUCUCUUUUUGAUAUGGUUGCCCUUUGGCACUGUAUGCACAAACUUUAUCUUGACUCUCAAUAUUUAAUAAUCCUCUGGCACAAUAUCCCCAGAUCUUCCAUAUUUGCCUCUAGAGGGCCAGCAAGGGCAACUAGUACUAUGCAUUAAAGAGCAUGCAUUGGGCCAGGAGUGGCAGCACACAUCCUUAAUCCCAGUACGUACACUUAGGAGGCAGAGGCAGGUAGAUGUCUGUGAGUUCAAGGCCAACCUGAUCUACAGAGUGAGACUCUGUCUCAAAAUGAAAAGGCAAGCAAACAACAACAAAAAUCAUACGUUUACCUUUGUUUUAAUUAUAUGUAUAUGUGCGUAAGUGUGACACUCACAUGCCCUGAUGCUGAUGGGAAUCAGGACAACUCUUAGGAGUUGCUUUUCUCCUUCCACUGUGAGAUCCAGGGAUUGAAUUCAGGUUGUUAGGCUUGUGUGGCAAGUGUUUCAAUUUGCUGAGCCAUGUUGCCAGCCCCAAGUGCAUCAUUUAAAAGCAUUUGCUUGGAGCUAAUACCAAGAGGCCCAAAUGUCAAGAGUCAGUUGUACAGUAUGACACAUGGUUUUUGUUCUUUCGUGGUACUGGAGAGCUGUGCACAUGCUGUAACCCUGAGCUACACCUCCAGCCCUUUAUAAGAGUUUUAUUUUGAAACAAGGCCUUAUUAAGUUGCUUAGAUUGGCCUUAAACUUGUGAUCCUCAGCUGGGUGGUGGUGGUCUGGCACACCUUUAAUCCCAGCACUCAGGAGGCAGAAGCAGGUGGAUCUCUGUGAAUUCAGGGACAGUCUGGUCUACAGGGUGAGUUCCAGGACAGCCAGGGCUAAACAGAGAAACCCGGUCUCAAAAAAAUACUUGUGAUCCUCUUGUUUCCUGAGUAGCUGGGGUGGGGUAUAGGGCCAGUGGCUUCUGUGUGUAUUCAAGGACAGUAUCUAAAUGUAAGGUGCCCUGGGCAUCUAGAGGCCUUCUAAAAGUAGAGCUUCAAUUGUGUUUUUGAAAGGCUGGGUCAGGCUAGCUCGGAAAAAUGAGUAGUUCCGGCAGAACACAGAAAGCAGCUCUCUUCUCCUGUGUCCUCCUGCUGACCUUUUGAGCACACAGGAACGGCCAUCAGAGCUCACAGGCUCUUUUUCUUUACUGACAUGCCCAUCUUUUCCCUAGAGCCCUGUCACCAAAUGCCCACUUCAUCCCAACUUAGAAUGUGGUCCUCGGACUGCCUUCCUCGGAGUCUCCUGGGUAGCAGGAUCUUCAGAAAUGAAGAUUCCCGGGAUCUACUCCACACCUUCAGAAUCUGUUUGGGGGACGAGCUCAGGGAUGAGCUUUUCAACAAGCCCACAUGACUAUGAUGCCGCCACGCUCAGUCCAGCCUCCUUGAUUGCAGGCCAGGACUGGUCAUGUCCACACCCACGGUAUCUGUUUUCUGCUUCUGGCACCAACAGCCUGUGACUUCCAUGUCUAUGGGAGCAGGACCACAAGAUCCUUACACCCAGGUAGAGAGAGGCUCUGCAGCUGACUGAGGCUCCUUCUCUCAGCUUGCCUCUCCCCAUGCUGUCCACCAAAUGCUCCUGUGACAGCCCAUUCUGUUAAAAGAUGGCCAGCUGGACAGCGGCUCAGGGCUCCUUCCCACGCCCCGCCUUCUGGUUUCUAGAAGUAACCAUGCACUUUCUCAUUACCGAGACCUGCCUUCCCCGCUGUCAGCGUUUUGAUCCAGGCCCUCCACAGUGUGCAGCCUCUUGGUCAGCUCGAUGAAGCCCAGUGAGAACAGCCAUGGCCCCCGGCACUUACCCUGGAUUGCAUCCACAGUGGGCGGACUGCCCACUUUACCCAGGAAGGCUUUUGAGGAGUCUCACACCUUUGGCUUUCCUGCUUAAAGUGAACUGAGGCUUCUCCGUGGAAAUGUCUCAGAGAUACUCCGCCUUAUAAAAGGAGGAUGGAUGCCGGGCAGUGGUGGUUCACGCCUUUAGUCUCAGCACUUGGGAGGCAGAGGCAGGUGGAUCUCUGUGAGUUGGAGGCCAGCCUGGUCUACAGAGCGAGUUCCAGGAAAGGCGCAAAGCUACACAGGGAAACCCUGUCUCGAAAAACCAAAAAAAAAAGAGGAUGCUUCUGGUGGUGAGAAUAACAGCGAUGGCCUUGUGUACUUCUCUGCCACAUACAAGUAUUGGGCACUCCAGACUUGGCCUGGGCUCACUCAGUGAGGAGCUACCUAGUGCUCCUGUCACAGAGACUCCUGGCUUCUGUUCUGUGACUUUCCACCCUUCCCUUCUGCCCCCUGCCCAAUCAUAAGUAAAUGAGUGAUGCUAGUAGUUUCAUGUGAAUCCCCUGGUUUAAAACAGAAUAAAUAUUUUUCACAUUC